AUGUAUCUCAGUGAUUGGGGAAAAUUGGAAGAACGAGAAAAGUCAUAUAAAAAUAAAUCUAAAAAUAAAGAUAUUAAAAUCGAUAUUUUGCACGAUAUUUGGUCGAAAUGGGCAAGUUUUGCAAAAUGUCGAUGUGAAUCUGUAAAUUGGAAGAUUAAGAAUCCUGCUGGAGUAUCUUUAUGUUACCAAAUUUCUUGGUUAGAUAAAACUCGAGGAGAUUUUGUUGGUGAAUUCAUUAUUUUUAGAGAUAAAAAAUUGAACACAUUAAAAAAUUCUACAUUUAAUAAAUUAAUGUAUAAAAUGCCUUAUUUAGUCAAAACUAUAAAAACUUCUCAAUGGAAGAAUCAAGAAAAAUUAGACAAUUCUAGUUCAAUUGAAAAUAUUUAUAUUUAUAGUAAAAUUCCAAAUUAUAAAUCGAUGGGUAAUGUUGACAUGACUAACAUGACUAGUCCUUCGCAAUAUAUGGUCGAUGUUGGAAAAAAUAUUUUUUCUCUCGUCAAAGAUAAUGAUGCUAAAAUCUUAUCGAUCCCUAACUUUUUAAUGAGUGAACUUGAACCAAAUUAUUCUGAUUCUGAAGUAUCUUCUGAGCUUACAAACACAUUUUCU